AUGAGUCCUUCGCGACGAGAGUCAGCAACUGAUAUAACAUCUUUCAAUGACAAUGAUGAACAACAACCAUUUACUGCACCACUAAUGUCUUCACAUCCAAUAUCAUCAUCAUCAUCAUCACGUGCUGCUGCUGAUCGUCGUAAAUCAUCUCUUGCGGCAAUCUUUGAUGAUAAUCGUCGACGUGAUGAAACAACUAUAAAACAAUCACGACCAAAUCUUCGUCGUUUAUGGGAUAAAUAUGAUGUACCAUAUGUAAUUGGUGAAGAAAUAUUUGAUAUAAAACAUACUUUAUGUGAAAAAACAUUAAUUGUAUGUUCAUGGUGUCUUCUGGUUUUAUUUUUCCCAUUUUCUGUAUUUAUUACAUUACGAAUUGUUCAAGAAUAUGAACGUGCAGUUAUAUUCCGUUUAGGACGUUUAAGUAGUACAUUAGCACGUGGUCCUGGUAUGUGUUUUAUUUUACCGUGCAUUGAUACAUUAGAACUUGUUGAUAUUCGUACAGUUUCAUUUGAUGUUCCACCACAAGAAGUAUUAACACGUGAUAGUGUAACAGUUGCUGUUGAUGCUGUAGUUUAUUAUCGUGUUUACAAUCCAACUAUAUCGAUUUCUAAUGUUGAAAAUGCUCAAGAAGCUACACAUCUUUUAGCACAAACAUCAUUACGAAAUGUUCUUGGUACACGUUUAUUAUCGGAAGUAUUAUGUGAUCGUGGUGCAGUAUCAAAUUUAAUGCGUGAAUGUUUAGAUGAUGCGACAGAUAAAUGGGGAAUACGAGUUGAAAGAGUUGAAAUUAAAGAUGUUCGUUUACCGAAAAGUCUUCAACGUAUUAUGGCUGCUGAAGCUGAAGCAUCACGAGAAGCAAGAGCAAAAAUUAUUGCAAGUGAAGGUGAAUUUAAAGCAUCACGUGCAUUAAAAGACGCAGCAGAUAUUCUUUCUCAAUCACCGUGUGCUAUGCAACUACGUUAUCUACAAACAUUAAGUCAUAUAGCAACAGAACAAAAUUCAACAAUUAUUUUUCCAUUACCAGUGGAUUUAUUAUCAUUAUUUCAAAAAAAUCCAAUGAAUACAGUUAUUAAAAAAUCAACAAAUCCAUUUUCAGUAACACCACCAAUUAAUUCAAAUUAUAAUAAUAUGGAGAUGGCAGGACGAAUAACGACAAUGACAAGUAUUUAA